GAGGCUUCAGGUCUCCCCAGAGCACAGGGGCGGCGUUCCCUGGGUCUGUAAAAGAAAUAACAACACACGGCAUUCUCCUGCAGACCCGUGGUUGGACGGGAAUGCUGCUGGGAAAGGCUGGAGGGUUGGGGUGAAUGGAGCUAAAUCCAGCUGCUGACCCAUCACCAAUGGCUCCCUGUGGGUCGGUGCUGGGGCCAGCCCUGUUCUGUAUCUUUGUAGAUGAUCUGGACAAGGGAAUUGAGUGCAACCUCAGUAAGUCUGCAGAUGACCCCAAGCUGGGAGGAAGCGUCAGUCUGCCUGGUGUAGGAAAGGGCUACAGAGGGAUCUGGCCAGGCUGAUGGAUGGGCUGAGGCCAAUGGAACAAUGAGAUCAAGUGCUGGGCUCAGCCACGGGAGCAGCGUCCAGACCUUGUAACAUGUUGUGCAGCACUUGAGUCUUGACGGCGUAGCUGGCCCAGAGCUGCUGCAGGGUCCAGCCAGCCCAGCAGAAACCAUGGAGAACAGGCUGGAAGCAGACAGGCAUUCAGGUGCUGCUCUGAGUGAUGAGGAGCUGGAAGGAGGCAGCGAGAGCCGCGGAGCAGAAGGGGCACCUCUGUGCUGCAGUGCCUACACUGCUCCCACAGGGCUGCAGCCAGCCCCACCUCCAUCCAAAGGGUUCCCCUGCGCAGAGCCCAGUGCUGCCCCGUGCUGCCCCAGGGGCUCGAGGAGGCAGGCGAUGAAGAGGAAGGUGCUGAGGCGGAGACCUGAUGGAGGAGUCCAGGUCUGUGACGAAUCGGUCACCAGCCUGCUGGAGAGCAUGGCCACGUGGAAUCUGACACAGAAAAUGCUUCAGCUGAGCACCGCUCCAGAUGACAGCCUCUCCGAGGGGGAAAUCGAGAUGAGCAGCAGUUUUAUCCAGGAGUUCCCCCCAGAGCCUUCCUAUCAGCAUCAGGGCGCCGAGUGUGAGCCUCCCUUCCUUCUCAGGGUUGUGCAGAGCCAGAGUCCUCCCGCCUCUCACUGCACAGCCGCAGCGCUGCAGCCCAAGUCCUUCAUUCCCCCCAGGCUGGAGGCGCUGCGUCAGAACCGCAGCAAAAGCGACCGGGUGGCCAAAUAUUUUGAGUACAAGCGGGAGUGGGAGCGGUUCCCUGUGCCGGGUGAGGACCAGCACAAGGACGUGCGCCGCAGCAUUCGGGGGCGGAUGCUCACACAGCACAGCCACCCCAGCAAACCGCAGCACACCUAUGUCCCCAACACCUACACGGUGCCCACGGACAAGAAGAGGGCAGCCCUGCGCUGGGAGGUGCGCUGGGACCUGGCGAACGGCCUCAUCCCCAGGAAAAACGCCCCGCUCUGACGUCACCCUGGAUGCUCUCCUCUCCCAUCCAGGACUCAGCUACUCUGGAAAUCUUUCUGUUUAUAUAAGCGUGUUGGCUGCAGUGUAAAACUUCACCCAGCUCCCCAGGUUACUGCAUUUCGGACAUCCUUACUUCGCUACUACACUGUUAGAAAGCUUCACUCUGAGUCGCUGCUGGAAAGCCGAGGAAGCAGACAGGGAAAAGCCACUCAAACUCCAUAACGAAGCGAGAGCUGUGAUUUUUACGUUGAAAUGCUUCUGCUCCCCCGGACGGGGGGCUGCGCGAGCUGUGUGAUGUCAGGCAACUCGGCCACGUACUUCAAUAAAGCGUGCAACAAGGCGCAUCGGAGUCGUGCGGUUAAAUGGAACC